AUGCGGCGGCCACCUGAGCUGGAGGACAUCUUUCGAAAUGCCGCGACUCCACUGGUCGGAGACUGGCUGUCUGCAGGUUCCUUUGCGAUGUUGGCCGAUCAGCAACUUCCAUGUCUGAAGGUAUUGGUGGUGCUGGAUUGGGUUUCGCAAAAGCUGCAUGAAUCUUUCCAGCACACCAGGGACAACUUCUAUGUGUGGAAGGAUAUCUUGAUUGCCAAAGGCUUUCAAGGUCAGACGUCGCAAGAAUGGUUCACAUCCUCCAACUACUACAGCCUCUUGAACCCGAUCAUGGACAUGCACAGGAUCUGCAGCCACUUCACGGAGUUCAUUCAGGCGGUUGUCAUGGUUCAUGGUGAAAGGUGCCUCUAUCCUGAACUACGCGAUGCCAUCGGUGCAUCAAUGCUUUGGCUUGUCAAACUGUCUCAGGAGGUCCACAAGGUCCAAUUGGCGGGCAUUUACCAUUCACGUUAUGCAUUGUAUGAGGUGUCGACUGACGUUCUGCGACACAUGCUGCCACCGGUCGAUGUGCUCCACUAUGCUGCCAAGUUUGCAGAUGCCUUCUCCGAGGUUCGGAUCAUCUUGGACCAACUGGCGGAUAAAGGCAAUGGGGCACGGGUGGUUUCGCUACCAGCUGCAGGACCAUCUCGGACAGAGGACGAUGGUGGCGCCUUCUCAGACAUGACCUUUAUCGCCGACAGGGAGAAGAACGAACGAAGUGACGAAGUGAGUUCCAAUGUAUACUCGCACACUGGAACCGUUGACCGCAGGUAUUGCUGCCAUGCAUUUGAUGGGUCGCCUCGAGCGGCAUACUACACCAGUGGCUUGGUCCAAACCCAAAGGCUGGACGAACCCUUCGAUCUCGGAAGGCGCUUCGACUGGCUGAUUUGCCUGGAGGUCAUGGAGCACAUUCCGGCCUCGCACGAGGCAGUAGCACUUGCCAAUCUACGACGCCACGCUACCAAAGGGCUUAUCUUGUCGUGGUCUCAGGAGGGAGGAGCCAACCAUGUCAACGCAAGGAAUUGGGCUAGUUCCCGAGAAGUCGUCGAGGCUGCUGGCUUCAAGUUGGAUGCUGACUCGACUCGAACUUUGCGAACGCAGGUGGCCUGGCUCCAUGGAUCUGUCAAUGUCUUCAAUGUUGCAGAGUGA